AUGGCUGCAGGCUCGCCCCCGCGCAAUUAUAAGAAGCCCUCCCACCGCCGCACCCCGUCCAGCCUCGAGAUCGUCCUCGAAGACCUGCCCAUCAUGACAGGCCACGACACAGCCGCCAACGUGCCCAAGUCGAGAUCAGAGCCCCAGCUGGGAGUCUCUGACCUCUCAGCGCGUCCACUACCUGGCGACUCGACGCAUGCCGCCAACGCGCUUCUCGAAGAACCGUCGUCAACACCCAGCUACCCAGCACCACUCUCCACGCCCGGCCUCUCCCGCUCUGCCUCCUUCUCCAACAGCUCCUAUCACGAUGAAUCCGACUUUGAGGAUGUCUCCUUCUUCCCGCCUGUCGAGAAGCUCACCAUGUUCGACUUUGUCGAGAACCUAGCGCUUUCCCAACGCUUCGAGAAGAUUCAGAGCUCCAUAGCCUCACAAACCGAGAAGCUUAAGAACCAGGCAAAGAACCGGGGCAUCACAAGGGACCGCGUCGUCGAGGAAUGGCGACGUAGAGUUCCGACCGAGGGCGAGCAACUCGAGAGAUACAAGAAACGCAUGCGUCACUCGGUCGACCGUCUGAACCGACGUUGGAACGAGUCCCUCACCGUUUCGGUCCGCGAGAAGGUUUCAUUCAUCGCGGCUGUCAUUAACAUCUUUGUCUCUGGAUACCUCGUUGGGUCGCACCCAGACCUCUUCCCACACUGGUACACUGCUCAGCUGCUCUACUUUAUGCCCAUUCGCUUCAUCACCUAUCACAAGAAGGGCUACCACUACUUCCUGGCCGACCUGUGCUACUUUGUCAACAUACUCGUCGUCCUGAGCAUCUGGGUCUUUCCGCAGUCUAAGCGCCUGUUUAUCGCAACCUACUGCCUGACCUACGGGAACAACGCCAUUGCCAUUAUCAUGUGGCGAAACUCGCUGGUUCUCCACUCCAUGGACAAGGUCGUCAGUCUCUUCAUUCACAUCAUGCCCUGUGUAACCCUCCACUGUUUGGUUCACCUACUUCCGCCGCAACGACAACAAGAAAAUUAUCCCGCCAUCUACAACAUCCGCUAUUCGGAUCCAUCAUCUCCUCAUCACUACAGCCUUGCGCAGAUGAUGAUAUGGGCUACACUUCCCUAUGCCGUCUGGCAGCUGGGCUACCACCUCCUGAUCACAGUGCGUCGCCGCGACAAGAUUGCAGCAGGACGCCCUACCAGCUUCACUUGGCUACGCAAAUCCUACGCCAAGACGUGGAUUGGCAAGUUUGUCCUCUCGCUACCCGACUUCCUUCAGGAACCCGCCUUUAUGCUCAUACAGUACUCUUAUGCGGUACUUACCAUGCUUCCCUGCCCAUUCUGGUUUUGGUAUCGUUGGCCUAGCGGCUUGUUCCUUAGCACAGUCUUCAUCUGGAGCGUGUACAACGGCGCAACCUACUACAUCGACGUGUUUGGAAACCGGUUUCAGAAGGAGUUGGAGGCCUUGAAGAAGGACAUGGCCAAAUGGCAGGCUUCCCCUGAAGGAGGCUUCACGCCCUUCACUCCCAAUGAGGGAGGCAUCGAGCACCAGCUAGGUCACAUUCCGCCUCUAGAGAAUACUCAAAGUGCGAGCGGCGACGCGAAGAAGCAGAACUAG